AUGGCUCUUAGUCGUAUCUUCUUCACAAGCUCUUUGCUUCUCUUCUCGUUGCUUAUCCUUGCUUCUGCAGGUGAUUAUGGUUAUAGCACCAACCCGGAGGGUGACAAACCAAAGUCUCAGGGUUACAAUUCCAAGCCAGAAAGCAAUGGUUAUGACUCUAAACCAUAUGUGGAGAAGUCAAAGCCUCAGGAUAAUGAAGCUAAUGGUUAUAGCCCCAAACCAUAUGUUGAGAAGUCAAAGCCCGAGGAAAAGUUUUACAAUUCCAAGCCAGAAGGCAAUGGUUAUGGCUCCAAGCCAUACGGUGAAAAACCAAAGCCUGAGGGCAGUGGCUAUGGUUCCAAGUCACGUGAUAAUGGUUAUGGCUCCAAACUAUACGUUGAGAAUACAAAGCCUGAGGAAAAGGAUUAUGGUUCUAAGCCAAAAGAUAAUGGCUAUGGCUCCAAGUUAUACAUUAAAAAGUCAAAGCUUGAAGGUAGUGAUUAUGGUUCCAAGCCAAAAGGUGAUGGUUAUGGUGUCAAACCAUAUGUUGAAAGACUAAGGGUAAUGGUUAUGGUGCCAAAUCAUAUGUCGAAAAGUCAAAGCCUAAUGGUAACUAAUAGUUAUAGUUCCAAGCCAGAGGGUAAUGGUUAUGGCUUUAAACCAUACGUUGAAAAGAAGUCUGAGUAUAAGAGUUAUAAUUCUAAGCCAGAAGAAAAUGGUUAUGGCUCUAAACCAUACGUUGAGAAGUCAAAGCCUGAAGAUAAGAGUUACGGUUCAAACUUCAAAGUCAGAAGUUGGUACUUGACUCUACUGAAUGUUGGAGCUACGAGAGAUGAUUUAGUUCUUUUGAUUAUUGCUGAUUAA